AUGGACGACGACGACUUCGACGACCUAUUCAGUGAGGUCGACUUUCUCCCAGGCUCCUCCCAGGUGUCCUUGACUGAUGCCGCAGCUAACAUGUCUUUCGGCGGGAGCGUUGGUGAUGAAGCAUACGCGUCUGAAGACAACCUCGCAGCGCCUGAAGAUACUGAUAUGUUAGAUCAAUGGCCCGAAGAAGCCUUCGAAGAUCAGGAACCGCCGUUGAAAUUGGAGCCAAAUGCCCACGCCAUAGCCAAGAUUGAGGCAGUCUUCGAGCUGAUGGCCGAUGCCAUGUUGAACGACAAGAACGAGCUGAGCGUUACAUUGAAAGUCCGCAAUUCCAAGGCGAAGAACCAGCAUACAUCACCUGAUAUCGAUGAUCGAACCAAGCGCAUCUGCUUUCCAGGCAAGACUGCUGAUGAAGCAUGGCGGUUUGGUGAGAUCACCUUCGUCGGUUUCGAACGCCAUCGGCUGACAUUCGCUGGUUAG